UUUGACGCCUGGGGUGGCUAGUUCGGUGGAUUUGAGUUUCUUUUGGCAUUUUGAGCAGACCAUUCUGAUCUUUUGUUGGAGUCUUUUAUUAUUUCCGUAAAUGAAGGGUUUGUAAUAAAGUAAUAUAUGUAUAGAUGGGAGAGAUGGUGUUGGUGUUGUGGUGAUGAUAUCAGUUGCCUUUUUGGAGGUGGUUUUUUUGCAUUAUUUCUUAGUCAGAUGGGUUGUGUUUACUGGUUUGGGUUUAGUGUGGUGCAUAAAACCUGCAUAUUUAUAUCUACUUUUUUUGAGCUUUGCAGUUCAGCUAUCAAUAUGAUGGCAUUAAAUCAUAGGUUUAGUUAUGUAGAUAAUAGAAUGCAACCAAUCCAUCCCUUCAUGUAACAUCCAUACGUAAGCAAAUGGGUAUCAUCCAAACGUAAAACGUAUCCGCCAAC